AUGGAGGCGCCGGGCGCUCGCGCAGCAGCAGCAGCAGCAGCAGGCCCUCCCGCCUCCGCCGCCUGCCUUCCCCCUUGCCUUUCCUCCCUCCCUCCCCAGCAGCAGCAGCAGCAGCAGCAGCAGCAGCCGCAGCAGCAGCAGCAGCAGCAGCAGCACCGUCGCUGCGCCUGCUCCCCCGCCCCUCCCCCUUUGUCCCCGCGGCUGCCGCUGCUGCUGCUGCGGGAUUGCGAGUUCCCGCCGCCGCCGCCGCAGCAGCAGCAGCAGCAGCAGCAGCAGCAGCAGCAAAUGGUGCGGCAGGUGGUCUUCGAGUGCCGCUGCAGCAGCACAGUCCCUGGCCAGUGGCUAGCUGUCGUUGGCUCAGCUAGCCAACUCGGCUCUUGGGACAUUCGCCGCGCAGUUCCUCUCCAAACUUCUCCCAACUCUUUUCCCCUCUGGACUUCCCCCGAACUUUGGCUCCCCGACGCAGCCCCGGGGGGCCCCCCGGGGGCCCCCGUGGAGUUUAAGUUUGUGGUGGUGGGGGGCGGAGACCCCCCGCAGGUGUUGUGGGAAGAACUUUCUGAGAACAGAAAAAUAAAUUCGGAGUUUUGCUGUUUGCGAUAUUGCGCGAAGUUUGGAGAGCAGCAGCACGAAGAGCUGCCGCUGCUGCCUGCGGGGGGCGCGCAGCAGCAGCGGCUGCAGCAGCAGCAGCAGCAGCAGCAGCAGCAGCAGCAGCAGCGGGAGGCCACCUGGAUGGGCCGCUCGCAAGACUCCUUCUCUUCUUCCCUCAAACGCCUUUCCUCGGGGCUCGACUUGUCCCCUCAGGGGCCCCCCGGGGGCCCCCCGCAGGGCUGCGUGGGCAGCAGCAGCUGCGUGCGGCUGCUGGGCCCCGCUGCUGCUGCUGCCAGCAGCAGCAGCAGCAGCAGCAGCAGCAGCAGCGGCGGCAGCAGGGCGCUGCAGAUGCUGGUGGAGGGCGACGCAGCAGCGCCGUCGUGGGGCGCGAAGCUGGAGCUGCUGAAGUCGGUGCUGCUGUCGGCGGCGCCCCUCAGCAGCAGCAGCAGCAGCAGCAGCAGCAGCAGCAGCAGCAGCAGCAGCAGCUUGUCGCGAGCGCCCGCGGAGCUGCUGGUGAGCGUGAUCGACGCAGUCUGCUUCGCAGGCAUCUACAGCGAGCUGCUGCAGCAAAGAAUAAUAAUUUGUGAAGAAGAUGGAAAGCACUUUCGGCCGAACAGACACUCGAACUUGGCCCGCGAGGUGUCUGUACACCUCGAGCUGCUGCUGCAUGCGCUCGGCUCCCGCAGCGACGACCUUGCUGCUGUGCUGCGGCUGCUGCUGCGGCUGCUGCUGCCCUCGCUGCCUUCUUUUGCUGCAGCAUUUCGCGCUGCGCAGCCGCUCACUCGCAUUCGCAGCAUCGCUCACCGAAAUGACAUUUCUUUGGAAUUAAAAAAAGAAAUUAAAAACAAAAUCCAAAAUAAACUCCACCGAUGCGCGGGCCCCGAGGACCUCGAGACCACCCGCCAGCUGCUGCAGCGCGUCCACCAGCAGCAGCAGCAGCAGCAGCAGCAGCAGCAGCAGCAGCAGCAGCAGCAGCAGGUUUCGGAGGGUUUUGUGCGGGAGUUGGAGUUGUUCUUUGAAGAGCUUUGCGCCUUCUUCAACCAAACGGACUUGAGCGCGCGGCUGCUGCAGUUGGGAGCAGCAGAGUCUCCGAGAACAGCAGCAGCAAUUGAAAGUUACUUAGCAGCAAAAGCAAGAAGUGAUGCUGCUGCUGCUUCUCCCGCCAAGUUGCUGCUGACUCUCGCCCUUGCUGCUGACCUCCGCGCCGUCCUCGCCCGCCAGCUUGCUGCAGCAGGACUCUUCCACGACGAAGACGCAGCGCGCACGCAUUUGUUCAUGACGUCGUCCAGCAGCAGCAGCAGCAGCAGCAGCAGCAGCAGGGAGGGGGCAGGGAGCGGCAGCAGGGAGGGGCGGCUGGCAGGAGUUGCGGGGAGAAGCAGCUGCGAGCAGCGCAUGGCGGAGCUGCAGCUGGAAGACGCAGCUUUUGUGCUGCUGAGCCGAUUGGCCAAUUUGCUGCAGGACAAUUUCUCGGACUUCAGAUGGACUGAUGCAAUUGAAGCUGUGUGCUUGGGCAUUCGCAACAUCGAGAUCUCUGGGGUGCGGCAGGAGGAGUGCCGGGCCCUGCAGCGGGAGCUGCAGCAGCACGGGCAGGCGCAGCUGGAAGACGCGGAGAGUUUGCUGCUGCUGAAAGCAACAGCAGAAAGGGCGCUGCGGCUGUGUCAGGAGAUUUCGGAUUUGCUGCUUGCGGUGUACGUACACCGCGUGGAGCAGCUGGGAUCGCUUUUGAAACUCGAUCCCCAGAAGUGUGGGGUGUAUGCGGAGGCGCGGGUGCGCAGCAACGUGGUGUUUCAGCUGUCGAAGUUGCUGCAGCUGCUGCUGCGCAGCGUGCGGCAGCAGCUGCAGCAGCAGCAGCAGCAGCAGCAGCAGCCCUUCGACGUCCUCGUCCCCGGCCAGGUCGUCGGCAAAGUGCUGC